AUGGUUGGCGUAGGGAGUGUAGAAGAUAUGUGGAACAAUCGGCAACGUGUUUGGAGUGUCUGGGCCUGGACGACUUGCUCUAACGUUGGGCUCGUGCUUGGCCCGAUAUAUGGUGCAUACAUUACUGCAUACCUGAACUGGCGUUGGUCAUUUUAUAUCGCUACCAUCGUUAUGGCCGCCCUCACUGUCGGAUCCUUCUUUGUGCAGGAAUCCAGACCGACGCGACUGCUGCAGAGGAAGCUGGAGGCCAUUCGCAAGGAAACUGGACACGAUGAACUACAGAUCCGCAACCCUGACCAUUUACCGACUGCUCAAGAAUUCAUCAAUAUUGCACUAUUGCGUCCUUUGAAAUUAUUCUUCACCGAGCCAAUCGUCUUCUUCUGCUCGGUUAUGAUCGGGAUCGCCUUCGGGUUAAUUUAUGGCCUCACGGAGUCUUUGACCAUUGUCUACGAGGAGUUUGGCUUCAGCACGCAAGCAACCACACUCCCAUUUAUCGCAAUACUUGUGGGCCUGCUACUUACCGCCUUUUCGCGUUUGUACGACCUGCGAGUUCUCGGCCAGCUUGCUCAGGAUAAUGCGACAAUCGAUCCUGAGGCCAAGAUCCGACCUUACGUGACUGCAGUUGCAUCCCUCGUCAUAGGGCUAUGGUGGUUCGCGUGGACCAUCCCACCCCGUGCAUAUACUCACUGGAUCGUUCCGACGAUAUCUCUUGUCCUCAUCGGUGUCGCUGCAAAUGACUUCGACACAGUGUUAUGCGGCUAUCUCUCGGACGCAUACACCAUCUAUGCGUCUUCUGCAUUUGCUGCAGUCGCAGCAUGCCGGGCAUUGGUUGCUGCCGGGUUCGCGCUGUGGACGUAUCCUAUGUAUACAAACCUGGACCCGAACAUAGCAACUUCGAUCCUUGCUGUCAUUUCGACUAUCUUUGCUGUUACACCUUGGAUAUUCCUCAAGUAUGGAAGGCAGCUUAGGGAGCAUAGUGAAUUUGCCAGAUAUAGUACUAGGAUGGAGAACAAGACAUCUCUAGAAGCAGGUGCUGUGGGAAUGACAGAACUAGACUCAUACUCAGCGUGA